CAAUCUCAACCAUACCCUUAACCAUAAACAAAAGCGUCACCAUUAUCAUAUGUAUUUUUUAUACGAAGAUUUCUUCAUAGAUUAUAGGGCCUCUCUCUCUCUCUCUCUCCCUUGCUUUUUCAAAAAGCAACAAUCCAACACCCCUCUCUUUCUACCUUUCUUUGUUUGCAUAUUCUCUUCCUACAGUCUUUCUCUCUCUCUCUCUCCGUCAUCAUGCCUAGUGGAUGAUCGAGUUGAAGGGCUCUGCCGUGCAUCUGAUCCAUCCAAGAAUCUUCAAUUCUAAGCUCUCCAUUAUUUACGUAUUCCCACUUAUUUUUCAUCAUCUGUGAGUCCAAGUCUCCCUUUUUGUCGCCAUUGUUAACUUUUGUUUGCCUCUCUCUGAAAUAUAGUAAAACCAAAAAAGGGAAUUCGAAGAACUAGGGUUUUUCAUUUCCUUUGUCUUACCGCUUGUUUUGAGUCCGAAGCUGAAAUGGAGUAGUUGGUCUGUCAUUAUGACGAGGGUGAGCCGUGAUUUUGGUGACACCAUGCAAAAAGAUGCCGUCCCGGCAGUAUCUGCGGAUGUGAUGUUUAAUUCUAGUCGUUUUCCAAAUUACAAAAUCGGAGCUAACAAUCAGAUUGUGGAGUCGAAGGAUGACCCUAAAGUACUAUCCAUGAAGGAAGUUGUCGCCCGUGAGACUGCACAACUGUUGGAACAACAGAAACGCCUUUCGGUUCGUGACCUGGCAAGUAAAUUUGAGAAGGGGUUGGCUGCUGCUGCUAAGUUGUCUGAAGAGAAUAGACUGAGGGAGGCAGCUUCAUUGGAGAAACACGUUCUUCUGAAGAAGCUUAGAGAUGCACUGGAAUCCCUAAAGGGGCGUGUGGCUGGUAGAAACAAGGACGAUGUAGAGGAAGCUAUCUCUAUGGUGGAAGCUUUAGCAGUUCAGCUGACUCAAAGAGAAGGGGAGUUGCUACAAGAAAAGGCAGAAGUGAAGAAACUAGCAAAUUUUCUUAAGCAGGCUUCAGAAGAUGCUAAAAAAUUGGUUGAUGAGGAGAGAGCUUUUGCUCGUGCUGAAAUUGAAACUGCCAGAGCAACAGUACAGAGAGUAGAAGAGGCUCUUCAGGAGCAAGAACGUUUGUCUCGGGCUUCUGGAAAGCAGGAUUUGGAAGAAUUGAUGAAGGAAGUUCAAGUGGCUAGACGAAUUAUAAUGCUGCAUCAGCCAAGCAAGGUUAUGGAUAUGGAACAUGAGCUUCGAGCAUUAAGAGCACAGCUUGCAGAGAAGUCUAAGCAUUCUCUUCUGCUUCAGAAAGAGCUGGCAAGGAGCAAGAGGGUUGUGGAGAACGGUUCCCAGAUAUUUGAAUUAGAUGGGCAUGAAGCUUUAGGUUCAUACUUGAGGAUUCAACCUUGCUCUGAUAAUGCUCCAGAACUUUUUAAAUGCUCGAUUCAGUGGUAUCGUGUAUCAGCAGAAUUUGGAAAGAAGGAGCUUAUAUCUGGAGCUACCAAAUCAGUUUAUGCUCCUGAGCCUUUUGAUGUUGGAAGGAUCUUGCAAGCUGACAUUGUUUCAGAAGGACAGCAAAUCACAUUGACAACUGCUGGUCCUAUUGAUCCAGCUGCUGGUUUGGGAAGCUAUGUGGAGGCACUUGUACGGAAACAUGAUGUUGAAUUCAAUGUAGUUGUUACUCAAAUGAAUGGUGCAAAUUACCCAUCAGAAUCCAUUCAUGUGCUUCAUGUGGGAAAGAUGAGGAUAAAACUCUGUAAAGGAAAGACAACAAUUGCUAAAGAAUACUAUUCCUCUGCAAUGCAGCUAUGCGGAGUUAGAGGGGCUGGGAAUGCUGCAGCUCAGGCAUUGUUUUGGCAAGCAAAGAAAGGACUUUCCUUUGUAAUAGCCUUUGAAUCGGAGAGACAAAGGAAUGCAGCUAUUCUGCUGGCUCGGAGGUUUGCUUUUGACUGUAAUAUCAUCCUAGCCGGACCAGAUGACAGAGCUCCUUUGGGAACCUAACUGACUUCCGAGGAUCACGCUUUCACUAAGUUAUAAUUAUUUGAGUUUUUCCACAUGAUAUCAUGUAUUAUAUGUUUGCAAUAGUAUAGAUGGCGUUGUAUAAUGGUGAAAUGGGUUCCAUUUUUUGUUUUCUUUUGAUUCUUUUGAUCUUUUCUUCUCCAACAAGGCAUUUUUUUUUAUUUGCCGUUGUCAACAAUCAUUUGAAGAAUGCACUGCACUGCUGCUCAUUGUAAAAAUCUUUUAACACAUUACUUGAGGUAUUGAAUGAUUGAUAUAUUUGGAGACUGGUGCAUGAUUGUGCAUGGCUGGA